CUUACUUCCGGUUACUGUACUACAUACACACUCAAGAAUUCUGUCUUCAAGUUGAUGUGCAAAAUCUUACCGUGCGCUUAAGAAAAUAUUGUCAAGUGUUGUUUCUUGUAGUGUAAUGUCUACGGAUAAUCGCCAUGGAGGGCGGAACUGGAGUCUACUACCAAGCAAUGCCUGCUGUGGGACCAGAUGGGAAAAAUGUCAUGAAGUUGAUUCCUGUCCAGAAAGUGAAUGGACAGUUUUUUCAAACAAUGUUUAAUACAGAAAUGGACAAUGUGGAAUUACAAGUUAAAGGCCACCCUAAGCCUGUUUAUCCAUCUGUUGCCUCUUCAUCUCAGUCACAGACUAGACUCCCUUCCCUACAGCCCAUAGCAGACGGACGAUAUGUCCUAAAAACCUCGCCGCAGCUUAGUACUUUAUUUAAUUCCCCCAAAGUUCAACACAAUGGAACUAAAAUAUUACAUGGAAUUCUUAAGCCAUUGCAUCCUCCUCUUGCAAAACCCACAGUUCAUCAAAGUGCCCUACAAAACAAACCCACAGUUCCUCAAAGUGCGCUACAAUAUGCGCUACAAAGCAAACCCACAGUUCCUCAAAGUGCCCUACAGAAUGCGCUACAGAACAAUCCCACAGUUACUCAAAGUGUGCUACAGAAUGUGCUACAAAACAAACCCACAGUUUAUCAAAGUGCCCUACAGAAUGCACUUCAAAACAAACCCACAGUUUAUCAAAAUGCGCUACAAAACAAUGGACACACAAUGCCAGUGGUCCAGACACUACCGGUUACUGUGAAGUCACCUGUUUUACCAAAUGGACAUUGCCUUCAGAUCCCUCCCUAUGCACAAGUUAGGACACUCCCAGCCUCUGCACUCCCACAGUCCAUCAAAAGCCAGAUAUUGAACUCUGUGAGCAUCACCCCUACCAAUGCAAAAGUUCAACCAACUUUUCUUAUGGUGUCCCCUGUGAAUUCAGUAAAGCUAAACUCUGACCAACAAGUGUUCUCUGUUACAAAACCAAGUCAAGUACAAAAGACUUUGUCUCAACAUCUGCCUUCAAACACUGGAACAAGCUCACCUCUGUCUUCCCUAUUAAGUUCUAAAAUUAGUGAAGAGCAAAGCCGUCCUAUUAAAUGGAUAGUCCAGGAGGAGAUGGGUGCAUCUGGUCCUUGCCUCGUACCUGCGUCAUCACCACAAAUGAACCCCAUCACUAUAAAAUCAGUCAAGCAUGUAGAAUCAGUCUCCAGUUCUAGUGAGGUUGUAUCAAGCAAACCCACCCCUGCUCAGAUCGGCCAAGAAAAGAUCACGCAAGGUAAAGACAACGCCCUUGUCAUGUGCAAUGGGAAAGUGUACUUCGUGGCCAAGAAAAAUUCAGAGAUCGCCAAGGAUGUGAUGGUCAGUGAAGGUGGGAGAAAAGGGUAUCUUUGCAUCUCUCCAGCCCUACCCGCCAGCUCUGCAUUGGGAUCAAACUCUUCAAAAGCAACAAUAGAUCAGGACCCAAAAAGGAAAGUAAGUGAAAUCAUUGAUCUCUGUGACGAUGAGGAGGAGAGUUCCACAAGCCUGGGAGGUGCGUCUGGAAAUUUGCCCACACAAAGUCAAACAGAGGUGGACGAGAGCAAUGAGGACUCCAACGUAAUAUUUGUAUCAUAUAUUCCACCAAAGUCAGAAACCACUGCUAGUGAGAAAGGCACAAAUUGUGCUUCUCGGAAUGAAAGGAAAGAUGUAGCACCUCCGGAAAUGGAAAUAAAUGAGAAAUCUGCUACUCAAAGUGAAAGGGAAGAAACAACGCAUGCAGGGAUGGAAAUUGAUGGAGUUCAAGAAAAUACUGCUGCCAGACAGAAUAAUGCUCUGAUGGAUAUACAGGUGCAGGUCAAUGUAUCUGCACCAGCUGAGAGGAACGCGAGUUCUCUUUUAGAAAAUGUGAAUACGGAGGAAGAAGAGCAAUUAGAAAGGGGAAUUCCACCAAUUACCACGGAUAUACCAAAUGGUGAUGAUGCAGCUGUUGGUGAAACUGUCAAUACCAGAGAUGAUGUGUUGGGAGAUUUUCAUUACGUCUGUGUUCCAGCCACUGAUAACACAGAAAAGACUUUUGGAAAUCUAGCUCCUGAUCAGAAGACUCAGGAAAAGAGUGACUGCCAGCUGAGAAAAGAAUUUGGUAUCACCUCUGAUGUACAGAUUUGUGUGGAAAAAAUAAGAGAAACUGAAAAGCAAGAUCGACAAGCAGAGAAGCUAAUCAUAAAUAAACGGACUUUAGACGGCCUGCGUAAAGUGAUUCAGGAGUCACAGCUACAGUCAAAAAUCCAGAAGAUAAUGCAGGUGACUCACAAAAAUACAGAGGACGAUGAAGGCCUGAAAGAAGUUAAAAGAAAAAAGCUGGAGCAAGAUGGAGAGGAUGUACCUCAAGAUAAUCCGUCUCUCAUCACUACAAAUGUUUCAUCUCCCUCCAAACGCAACAUUAAUAACUCAGUUUUUCCCAUGGAAAACAGUUUGAUCUUACAGACUUGUCAAGAAGAUGUUUGUUCAUCUAGUUAUAAUACUGACAAAAUAGCAGUAUCUACAGUUAGUAAGGUUCAUAUGCAGUCUGAAACAUCCACAGAUUUGACUUCUGACACAUGUUGUCUUACUCCAUCGUCUGAACCAAAUGUAACAAGGACUAGCACCCAUACCAUCCCACAUUCUUCUGCAUUAAGGAAGGCAUCACCACGCUCGAAGAAAAGCAAGAUGUGCACAGCCUGUCCCUGUGGGACUGUGUUAGGGGUUACAGCGACCUCAUCAUCACUCCAAUCACAAGAGACGCAACCCGUUGUUGUUGAGUCAAACAAAGGUACAAGAACAACCUGCUGCAUUAAAACACCUGGGGAGAGUCCUCAACCAAUAGGAGAUCACAGUACUGGUAAGAAAGCGAAGAAGCAGCGUUCAUCACGUAAAAAGAAAUCUCCAUCAACAAAGACUAUUAGUAAAAUAUCCCACCGCAACGCUUCUCCUGAUAGUUUACUGAAUGUUACAACAUCGAUGAACGCUGCUUCUUUAUCUGGCCUGCAGGAGAGCGACAAAGCGAUUUCUCCGUCCUCAAAUGAAACAGAAUGCAAUAUUUCACCCAGCAGCCACACAGAGGAUCACAGCUCAGAGCAAGACGCCAGCCAGGUACAAAUAAUAUCAAAUGAAACCGGCAUGCCAUCUUCUAGUGAACAGCAUGAAUCUAUAGUAAAUACAUUUACAACCCAAGACUUGUACUCUGUGGAAGUGCUGGAUGCUGAGGAAAUUAAACGACAAGAGAGAAUCAAACGGUUAAAGGAUCUUCUGAAAGAGAAGGAAGCGGCGCUGGAGAGAAUGAGACAAAGUAUGAACUUUUAGUCAUGUCUGUUUUUGUUUCAAAGACUCAGACUGUACACUGCAUUACCGUCAUCUGAUGACUGAAUAUUAAUUGGCAAUAAUGCCAUCACGUAUAGAAGAAGAAGAAGUGUAUAUAGUUGCACAGUAUCUAAUUUCCUAUUAACAUUUUCUCUUUUUAAUACAUUUAUGAGAUUGCAUUGUCAUAUUUUAUUACAUUUUUGAGUACUUAAGUGCGUUAAGUGUUUGUCUUAUUUUAACCUGUUGGCUGUAUUUUUAAGUAGUUUUAGAUGAGAUCUGUCAUCUUUAUGAUUGUAUGGUUUUUAUUUGCAUUUAUAAAUACUGUGUUAAUAUGUUUCUUCUGUAGUUUACAAUGAAGUACUAAAGCCUACUUAAUAAGCUCAAUAAAUAAAAAUCAAUCAAUUGUUUUUGUGCUAGGCCCUCAGAAUUUUUUUCCUGUUUUCUGUAUGUUGUGAAUUUUAUUACAACUGCUAACCUUAUAUAUGUUUUCAAAUAAUUUAGCUUAUAUUGAGAUGCUGUGGUUCCACCUUUUUAUAUCUAUUCUCUGGACAAGUUUAAUGCAAUAAAA